GUUUCCAUCAUUCUCACAGAUCAACAUCCACUCUUAUGUCAAGAAAAUUAUUCGCUCCCAAGGACUAGAUGUUAAUUUGCUUGUUGUUUUCAUCUUUUCGCUGACCACUUUCUAUUUACAUCAUAACUACCAUCGGUAUCACAAUGGCUACUCCCCCACGAGCUUCCUCCCGCUUCUCAAAGGGUGGAACUCCCGAACCACUUUCACCACAGUCCAGAUUCAAAGCGCAACUUGCAGCUCUUGAGAGCAGUGACGACGAAACAUCCUCUUCAAACCAAUACACAGGCAACAACUCAAAAAAUCACCUCGACCUACCAACACAGACCAUACCUGAUCAAGAAACGUCCGAUGAAUCGGAUAAUGACAUAAUUAGGCCACGAGGCAAGCUGGCGGCUAGGAUGCAAGGGACAUGGCGACAAAAGGAGUCCGGGAAUACGUCUUUGCAAAAAGAAACCACUGGGGACUGCAUAGAGAAGAUUUACGAGCCAGAAGAGAAGGCGACUGAAGAAGUGGAGAGGGCAGACAAUGUUGGCAUGCCUGAUGUUGAAUCGCAAGAAGAUGGCGCUCCUGUUGCACGCCGAAGAUUAGUUCGCAAGGCACCUUCGUCGCCGGCCUCAAAACGCACCCCUCGUGGUUCCAGCCCAACACUUUUCGUAUCAUCACCUCUUCGCCCUUCGCCAACCCGAUCGAUGCAUAAUGGCUCUGAUUCUGAGGGUGACAUGCCUACCCUCAAACCCGAUCGCUUUAAAGCGAUGCUGGAGCGCCGCAGACAAAAGAGGCGUGACAAAGAUGCCGCUAAAGAAGAAAAAGAGGCCGAAAAACGUGCAAAACAACAGAAAGUCGCCCAGGAGAUGGAAGAGAUGGUCUCGGAUGGCGAUAAUUCCAGUAUUACCGACGAUGAAGGCGGCCGACGACUAACACAGGCCGAGCGACCCAGUGCUCGUAAAGCCAGCAAGAAGGCCAUCGAGGAGAUGAAGAGAGAAACUCAGAGAAUGUCGAGAAAUAUGCAGUUGGCACAUGAAGCCAAGACACGAAAGAAGAUUACCAAGAACAGUUUAUUUGAGCGUUUCAACUUUCGCCCAGCAGGUGAACCAGAACCAAAGGUUACCAGCUCGAGCAGGGUCCCAACACCACACAGCGAUGUUGAGAUGCAGGGUGUCGAUACACCACCGAGUUCUCCGCCAGUUUCCAAAGAGACUGCCACCGCCGUUACAGGCCCAGAAACUGCUGCUGAUGACGAUGAAUUCGACUUGCCAACUAUAGACAGCCUGGCUGAGACAACCAAGCUCAAACCAGAUAAAGGAAAGGGAAAGGCCGUGGAGACUCCAACCGAACAGGAACAGCCCGUUCAAAACCCGAGGCGCCAAUUUCGAGUCAAGCUUCCACCUAUGAGAGCCAACGUGACCAUGGUGGAUUCGGAUGACGAGUUAGAGAUCACAACCACCACCAAGGACAAGAUUCGAGCUGUAUUCGACAUGGCGCCAACAAAGAAAGCACAAGAACCCAGUUCCGUUCAGGCGCUACGCGCCCUUGCCCAACUAAAAUCUCCCGGCAAGGAGACAAGGCGAAAGAACGAAAACCACGGCAUGACAGCAGGCGAACUCCAGGCCUAUCUAUACCAGAAGGCUCGGCAGCAAGCUAAGGUAGAGCGUGACCGCAGAGUUGAUCUGCUAAAGGCUCAAGGUGUCGUUAUUCAGACCGCAGAGGAGCGUGAACGUCAGAUGCAAGACGCUGAGGACAUUGUCGCUAGGGCAAGAGUGGAGGCACAGAUGAUUAGGCAAAAAGAGAAAGCAGCCGCCAAGAAGGAAGCGAAGGAGAAUGGCGAAGUUGACCCCUUGGCCUGGGAUGAUAGCGAGGACGACGAGUAUCAGGCAUCUGGAAACGAAGCUGAUGGAGAAGGAUCAGUUGUUGAGUUGUCCGGAUCUGAGGAUGAAGAGGAAGUUAGUGACGAGGAGCAACCAGAUGGCAAUAACAUGGUCGAAGUCGAGGCUCGAGAUGGAGAGUCUGAGGCCUCCACUGAUGAGAAUGAUGAUACAACUCUUAUCGCCAGUCAAGAUGUUCAACACGAUAUCGAAGAGUUCCCUGCUACGAGAUAUAGACGACUGCGAAAGCCUAUUGUUCUUUCCGACGAGGAGGAGGACACAGUCGAAAUGACACCCAGACCAAAAGCUACUGUCCACAUGUCACCAACAGUCCCAAACACCCAAUCUCCAACUGCACCUAGAUCAGUCCUCCGUUCAGCAAAGAAGAACUUUAUCCCUGGCUUGCCGGUGCAGGGGCCGGCUGGUCUCGGCCUCACGCAGAUUUUCGCUGGUACCAUGGACGACAGCCAAAUGAAUUCUGCCAACGGUCCAACCCAAUCGUUGAUGCCCGAUUUUGAUCAUUUUCCCGACUCCAACUUCUCUGCGACCAUGGACGAGCCCAUGGAGGACAUGAUCAUAGACAGCCAAAAGAAUACUCAAGACAUCGCCCUCGACCUUUCUCAGUCUCAGAUGCGCGGCCUGGACAGCUUGCUUCGGGAAGAGAGCACUCAAAUUUCCGAAAUGAUUGAUUUCACUCAGGAUGGUGGGCUCCAAGACCAAACACCCUUAAAGAACAGAUUCGUCGAGGCACCAGUUUCGACUACGGAGACUAUGUUGGUCGAUCACGACGACCCGACCCAAGCUUCACCACUCGUCCGCCGUGGCCGCCUUCGUCGCAGAAUAGAGGCAUCUCAACGCAUUCAGGAAACACCAGAGCCGGCAUCUGCAGAGAAGACUGAUAACGUCUUUGAAGCGUUGAAGGAGGGUGCCAAGAACGAACAUAAGAAACGUCUCCAAACCGAGUUUGACCACAAGAACAGCAAGGCAAAAGAGAUGGUUCAGGAACAAGCUGAGGAAUCCGAAGAUGAAUAUGCUGGGCUGGGUGGUGCAGAUGGCGAGGACAGUGACAAUGAGUCUGCCGCUUCACUCAAAGACAUCAUAGACGACACUGCUAAUAACGAUAUUGACGGAGCCAAACUCGCUGCUUUAUAUGCCGCUCGAGAACAGGCAGAAGAUGAGAAGCAGGUCGAGAAGCUUUUCAAGGACAUCACGACUGGCAUGCUUCGCCGUAAACGAGGUGCAGGCUACGACCUUGACGAUUCAGACGAUGAUGGCGAGGCUCGUCGUCGAAUGAAGCGUCGACAGUUUGCUAAAAUGCAGAAGGCUCUAUUUUCCGACGAACGUGUCAAGAAGAUAGCUGAGAACCCCGGUAAUCAGGCCUUCUUACGAACGAUCGAGGAUCGUGGCAGUGAUGAUGAAAUGGACUUUUUGGAUGCACCGGAGGAGAUUGUUGAAUCCUCACAGUCCCAGUCUCAGGAUGAAAGCAGCGAGGCUCAGACUGUUCCUGACAGCCAACCUCAGAAGGUUCUCGGCCCUGCGGAUAACAGGGUCCCUGGCUAUCUGCGUAGGACCAAGGAUGGCAAGAAGCCCUCUAACAUUGGUGAAGUUCGCGAGACUUUGUCCGAUCUGCUGGAAGAACCCCAUGGUUCAGUUAUCCCUGCAACUGAAGUCGGGUCAGACAGCGAAGACGAAGAAAAUACUACCACAGAAACUCGCAGCGAUAAGGAGAAUGAUAUUUCUAACCCCCGCCGUGGCCGUGUCGCGGUCGUUGAUCGCAUCAGUCUCAAACGCAGUGGUUCUUUGAACGUUAGCACUGGCCGCCUUGCCUUUGCAACAGCAUCAAACUCCUCAUUCAAAGUCCCCGCUCUGCUUCGCCGUGCCACUACAAAUUCAUUUGUAUCUGGUACAGCCUCUACCACAAGCUCUGGUUCACCAGCACCAGCGAGCGGAUUUGGUGAGGAGGCCAAGAUCAAGAAGGGAGCCACCAAGAAGAGCGGUGUACAUGCUUUUGCUCGUGACAGCGAGAGACGAGCAAAGCUGGAGCAGAAUGAGCGAAAGAGAGAAGAAAGAAAGAUUAAAGGGGCAGAGAGGAGAGUCGGAGUCGUGGGUGGCUUAUUGGGUAAGGGUUCAUUUGAAUAAGCUGGCGUAGAACGGAAUUCGUUCUUUUAUUCGGUUCAUGUAUGUUAGGGUUGAAACAUUAACAUGGGAUGGCGCGGAGUUGGGAUGGACAAGACAUGAUAUCAUAGCGAUACUAUACCUAAGGUGUUAAAUAUAGCAAUUCAUUUGUUAAGCCUGUGCAUCGCUGGUCUAACAUCCACA